UGCAGUGCAGCACAACCAAAGGUUUAAAAAGAACCGACUAAAUGGGUGAAAACCUACGGACCGACUCUAGAGCUCCGCUGCAGGCGCUGGUUUGGUUCUGCGCAUUCGAAGCAUAAGUUUCGUUUUCCGGAAAGCGACGAAGAGCAACGACAUAAAACGAAAGUAAGCGACGACUCGAAGGUGCAGCUGUUGACGUGGGUCGGGAUCUGCGCGAACGUCUGUAUUCGCUCUGGUCCUGUUCCGUCAUGGCCCGGUACCAGAGUGACAGCAUGUUGGGAGCGAUGUUCAGACUGUUUGACCUGAGGGACUGUCGCUGCGGGGUGAGGGGUCUCCCCAACGAGCACCUGUCCUGCUGCGUCAACAGCAUCCUGCAGACGCUCUCCGCCACCUGGGAGCUCGCAGACCUGCUGGAAAAGUGGGAGGCGUCCGGCGUGAAAGCGGAGGCCUGGAGCGUCCCGCUGCAGCUGAGCCGAGCGCUGGCAGCCAUGAGGAGCGAGCCCCCCCGUCCGGCGCCGCACCGCGACCUCCUCCGCUGCCUGGACCGACACUGCGUCCGGCUGAACACGCAGCACGACGCGGACGAGGUGUUUGUCGCCAUCAUGAAUUUAAUGCAGCAGCAGAUGGAGGACAGAUCAACGGCCCUUGAAAUCCAGAACCUGUACAGGUUGUCUGUGGAGACCCAUGUGCAGUGUUUGCAGUGCAGCUCGGUCCAGAGCCAGAGCAGCUACCUGCUCAGUCUGCCUCUGCACAUCCAGGAAGACCACAACUCUCUGGAAGGCUGCCUGAAGUCCUUCUUUGAGCCUCAGGAGCUCGGGGGCAUCAACUGCUGCUUCUGUCCAGCAUGUGAAUCAAAGACUCCAUCAAAAAAGGGCUUCAAACUGCUGUCCCUGCCUCCCAUCCUGUGCCUCCAUCUCAAGCGCUUCCGAAGCAGCUCCGGUCGCACCCGGAAGCUCGGCUGCACGGUGACCUUCCCGGAAAGCUUGGACCUCCUCGCCGCCGUGCGAGACGCCUUCCCGUCGGACUGCGUCCAGGCCGCCUGCCGCUACGCGCUGUACGCCGUGGUGGUGCAUUCUGGGAGCGCCCACUUCGGACACUACACGGCGUACGUCCGCGACCGGACGGACCGGCGCUGGUACUACGCCGACGACAGCCACGUGCAGCAGGCCUCCUGGGAAGACGUGCAGGGAACGUAUGGAGACCGGCACAGGAGCACGGCCUACAUGUUGAUGUACAGAAGAGGUUCUGCAGAGGAGCACCGUGAAUAAAGUGGAUGAAAUAAUCUGGGAACAAGGUGUAAAAUAGGAUCAGCGUGGGAGCAGUGUGCACUUUAUGCAUCUAAUCAGUUUGUGGGUGAUUUAUUGUAUAUCUAUGUGGUGGUGAGGGGUUUUAAUGUUUCCUGACUCAGUAGUUCCCCCUGAGCACCACUAGGUGUCGCUGCAGCCUCAGGCUGCUGCUGCUCUCACCUGUCGGACCACACGCACUGUGAACGUGAUACUGAGGGUGGGUGGGGGACUGUGGUGCUCCGAUAUUCACUGUCUGUUUACUUAUGAUGUCAUUUAAUAUAGGAAGUACUCCACAUUAAAAAUGAAGUUGUUUUCCAUCA